CUUUCCACAGAGAGCUGACUGAUAUUUGAAGAAGUUUUUUUAUUUCUCCAAGAAAAAUGUAUCUUUCCCAAGUCUCACUCUUGUUCUUUAAUAUAUGUAUUUUUAUUUGUGGAGAAACUAUACAAGGUAACUGUGUACAUCAAUCUACGGAUUCUCCAGUAGUUAACAUUGUAGAAAAUGUAUCUCAUAUAAAAGAUGAAAGUAAGAGAAAUGAUACUGUUUAUAAGGAAGAAUGUGAGGAAUCAUGUGAUAUUAAAACUAAAAUUACACGAGAAGAAAAACAUUUCAUGUGUAGAAAUUUGCAAAGUUCUAUUAUUUCUUACACACGAAGUACCAAAAAACUACUAAGAAAUAUAAUGGAUGAGCAGCAAGCUUCCUUGGAUUACUUAUCUAAUCAGGUUAAUGAGCUCAUGAAUCGAGUUCUCCUUUUGACCUCUGAAGUGUUUAGAAAACAGCUGGAUUCUUUUCCUCACAGACCAGUUCAGUCACAUGGUUUAGAUUGUACUGAUAUUAAAGAUACUGUUGGCUCUGUCACCAAAACACCAAGUGGUUUAUACAUAAUCUAUCCAGAAGGAUCUAGCUACCCAUUUGAGGUAAUGUGUGACAUGGAUUACAGAGGAGGUGGAUGGACUGUGAUACAGAAAAGGAUUGAUGGGAGAAUUGAUUUCCAAAGGUUGUGGUGUGAUUAUCUGGAUGGAUUUGGUGACCUUUUAGGCGAAUUUUGGCUAGGUCUAAAAAAGAUUUUCUACAUAGUAAAUCAGAAAAAUACCAGUUUUAUGCUGCAUGUGGCAUUGGAAUCUGAAGAUGAUACAUUGGCUUAUGCUUCGUAUGAUAAUUUUUGGCUAGAGGAUGAAACAAGAUUUUUUAAAAUGCACAUAGGACAGUAUUCAGGAAAUGCUGGUGAUGCUUUCCGGGGCUUCAGGAAAGAAGAUAAUCAAAAUGCAAUGCCUUUCAGCACAGCAGAUGUUGAUAAUGAUGGAUGUCAUCCCGCAUGCCUGGUUGUUGGUCAGUCUGUGAAGAGCUGCAGUCACCUCAAUAACAACACUGGCUGGUGGUUCAACCAAUGUGGACUAGCAAAUCUGAAUGGCAUUCAUCGCUUCCCUGGAAAAUUGCUUGCGACUGGAAUUCAAUGGGGCACAUGGACCAAAAACAACUCACCUGUCAAGAUUAAAUCUGUUUCAAUGAAAAUCAGAAGAACUUACAAUCCAUAUUUUAAGUAAUUUCAUUUUAAAUUGUAAAUCUUGUUCCAUAAUUAUUUUUUUUAAUAAAAUAUCAAAGAUUUUACAUAGUUUCUAUUUUUACUGUUUCAAACAUUUUAGCCAACAUUUAACUAUAGAUGACAUCUAGGGGUUGAGAGUGUUAUUAGAAAAUUUUAAUUUUGUAGAGUUUUAAUGAAAGAAAGCAUGGCUCUAUGUAUGCUUUUCAUUACUAACUAUAUUAAUAAUAAAUAAUAAAAUUUGUUUUAAGUAAAUUAUGAUGUCUUCUGGAAUCUGUUGUCCUUUUAAAGGAU